GCCCGGGACGCCUGGCUCUGCCCGCUCCGCUCCGCUCGCCAAUCGCCUCCAGAGCUCCAGGCAUGGCCCCAAGUACCGUGGCGGUGGAGAUGCUCAGUCCCAAGGAGAAAAACCGACUGCGGAAGCCGGUGGUGGAGAAGAUGCGUCGGGACCGCAUCAACAGCAGCAUAGAGCAGCUGAAGCUGCUGCUGGAACAGGAGUUCGCGCGGCACCAGCCCAACUCCAAACUGGAGAAGGCCGACAUCCUGGAGAUGGCCGUCAGCUACCUGAAGCACAGCAAAGCCUUCGCCGCGGCCGCCGGCCCCAAGAGCCUGCACCAGGACUACAGCGAGGGCUACUCGUGGUGCCUGCAAGAGGCGGUGCAGUUCCUGACCCUGCAUGCUGCCAGCGACACGCAGAUGAAGCUGCUUUACCACUUCCAGCGGCCUCCAGCUUCCGCCGCGCCUGCCAAGGAGCCCCCGGCGCCCGGCGCUGCGCCCCAGCCGGCACGCUCCUCUGCUAAGGCCGCUGCCGCCGUCUCCAACUCGCGCCAACCCGCCUGCGGCCUCUGGCGGCCCUGGUGACCCAGCGGCCGUCGGGUGCCUGGAGCGGACCAGAGGAAGAGCUCUUUCCUCUGGAUGUGGGAAGACAUUCCCCAGCCUCAGUUCCGUCCCAGGUUGGCCGCUACCUUCUUCCGAAGGUUCCCUCCCCAGGCUGGCUGGCCAGCAGGAGGGUCAUUCUUAGAGAAUGUGUGUGCAGAGUUGUCAUUUGGGUAUAAUCAGGGCCCACCUUCUGCCGCCUGUCCGACCCCGUGGGGUUGUUUUGUGUUUGCAUUUCAGCAAGUGACUUCUGCGAAGUUCUCGGUCACUACCGGGGGUUCUAUGAUAUUUGUAGAGUCGGGGGUUGGUUCACCCCAGCCCGUAGAGGACUUUCUUCAGGGCCUGUUGCUGCUGGGCAAGCACCCUGCAGGCGGGCUGUGCCCUGGGCACAUUUGCCUUUUGUGAAGGCGGAACUGCAGGUGUUUCCUCAUAGGAAAGCACUCAGCCUGCGUGGGCGUAGGGCCCAUGGGACCUCACCUCAAGGUCCACAUGGCCUUGGCUGUCUGAUGCGUGCUCACAGUGGGGCUGUCUGGGAGGGUGGGGUCUCCGCGACGAUCCUUAAAGGAUUCCUUUGUAUGGGUGGGUGCAUGUGGGCACGAUUUUGUACUUAAGAAUUUGAACUCAUGGUCAUGUGGGAGAACACAGGCUGUUCUGAAGGCUUCCAAUAAAACAUCAAGCCCUCCA